GCAGGCUGUAUGUACCGAGUAGUUCAGACGACGGGACCAGAUGGAAAAAACCUUCUGAAAUUACUUCCAAUUUCUAAAUCUUCUGGAAGCUUUGUGCCAAUGGUUCAGUCUUCAGCAAUGCCAAAUAAUUCUAAAGCGAAUAUUUCUAGUCCAGUCCAUCUUACUUUUAAGACACAGCUUGCCAAUACUACUACAGCUUCAUCUGUUAAGAUACCUGUUUUUCAGUCUCCCAGUCCUGGAAAGAUUAUUUUUACAAGGACAUUAGACAAACAGGAAAGUGUUAGGGCAGGUUCUGAAAAAGAAAGCUUAAUUCCAAAAUCAUCUGGAAGCAGUUGUGUUUCAGUUGAUAGACUGUCUUUGCAGAACGUUGCUGUAACAAGUUCAUCUAACCAGAGUAACGCUGCAUACAUGUUGUUAAACACAAAAACUCUUCCAGUUACUGUGAAGUCUCCAGUACUGCCCUCUGGCCACCACCUCCAGAUACCAGCUGAUGCAGAAGUGAAAUCUGUCCCAGCUUCUUUUUUGCCACCUGCAAUACAGCAAAAAAUACUUGCAGCUGCAGCAACAAACGUGUCUGGAGGAGCUGACAAAACAAAAAUGCCAAGUGUUAUUUAUGUGUCACCAGUGAACACGGUGAAAACAGUACUUCCCAAGCGUUUGCAAGCCAUUUGCCCAAAACCUGCUGCAGAAGCUUCAAAACCAUUAGCAAUGACAGCUACACAAAAGGGAAAUAAUUCUUCUCCUGAGACAGUAACAUCUGAUGGUCAGCAGCACCCGCAAACUCCAAUGAAAUGGAUUGUGCAAGAAAGUCCACAGUCAUCAGUGCCUUGCCUCAUUCCUGUAAAGUCAUCCAAUAAUAUGGCUUCCAAGAUCUUGAAAACUUUGUCAGACACGAGGAAUGUAGAAGUUAACUCUGCAAAUAUUUUACCACUAUCUUCUAGUGGUCCUGGGGGAAGCCAAACAAAAAUCACACCUAUUAAAGAUAAUGCUCUAGUCAUGUACAAUGGGAAAGUCUAUUUGUUGACCAAAAGAGGCUCUGAUGUUCUGUCAGCCCAAGCUGACAAACCAGCAUCUUCCUCUUCUGAUGCUUCACUUAAAAAGGAGACACCCAAGCUAAUUGAUUCUACUGCAGUCAAUAAAAUAACCAAUAAAGUAGUGAAUCUGGUAUUGUCAAAAAACAAAGGAAUGGUGCUGUCUCAGAAGGAUCCCAAAAGAUGUACAAACUCAAAAAAUUCUUCGCCAGCUGCCUUAAGAAAUGACUUAAAAUCUGCACCUGCAGCUCUGGUGACACCAAAUACUAAUCAGCAGAAUUCCACUGUAAACCAGACAAAGAGCUUGCCCUUCACCGAGAGCAUUUCAAGUGGAGUGACCCCUGUUACAGCAGUAGGGACACAGGAAAAUGUGUGCCAAAACGGCAAAGAAAAGAUUCAUUCCCCCAAAGCAGCAAGUGCUGUUUUACCUCAGUCUAAGCAAGAGUGUGCUUUCAGUGAAGACUGGCAAAAGAUCCAGUGUGAAAAGAUGGAGUCACCGGGAAAGGUUGUUCAAAUCAAACACCAAGAGAAGCCACAUUGGAAACAAUACUUGGAAUUAAGGAAAAAAUUUGGUCUCUCUAAGGAGGAGAGAGUGUACCUUAGGAGAAUACCAUUAAGGACCUCCUGUGAGAAACCAGAAGAAAGGGUUUGUUCCUUGAAAAUGAAAAAUGAUUCUUGCAGUGCAUCAUCAUUAGAUGUGGAAAUAGGAAGUCAACAUCAGGAAUGUGUUAAAGAGGAAAAGAUAAUUGUGAGUCUGGAAGAGGAUUUGACUAAGAAAAGAAAAGUGAAAUCCUCACCACUGUCAGACAGCAGAAAGAGGAGAAAAUCUUCAGCCAAAUCAGCCACAAGCCGAAGUUCAGAAAACACCAGCUCGAGUUCCAGUGUACUUAACAGAAGUGUUUCACCUCCCCCAGUCUUAGCGCAGCAAAGUGUUUCCACAGACUUGGUUGUAUCACCUCUAGGGAGGGACCCUGAGCAAGACUCGUACUCUCAAUACAGUGACGUAACAGACUCAAGUAUUCCAGUUUUGGUGUCUUGUGAAGAUGACACUUCAGUUCUUGAAGGUUCUUUCAGAGAUGAUGCUUUCCCUUUGACUCCCCCAGACUUGGAUGAAACAAUACGGGAUGAAAAAAUAAAAAGACUUAAACAGCUCUUAAGAGAACGAGAAGCGGCGCUUGAAGAGAUGCGUAGAAGAAUGCAGCAGAGCUGA